UAUAACUAACUUUGAGCGUCUCUGGACUGCCUUGAUAUAGGGCGAUAAACGCACAUAAAAGCAUUGCUUUAGUGCCCGAAUUACUUUUUGAACCCUUAAUUUAUGCCAUUGUCCACUGAGGACAAAGGAACUUUUCAUGACUAUUCAUAAAAUGUGUCUGCACAGUCACCUUGUUCUGAUUCAUUCUCUUUUGAUCAUUUCCUUGUAGUAUUUCUCCUUUACAAGAUCGAUCUUAUUAAGAUUACCUCAUCCACCACUUCAAACAAUCAAGUAGUGGAUACGGGUAAAAGCACCAACUGUGAAUGUAUUGCUUGUAGCAUAAUCCGUAUAUAUAAAAUUAAUGUCUAUCUUCAAUCCCCAACAUGAGUAGUUGGGUACAUGAUGGUCUGAUUAUGUUCUGUAACCAGAAAGAAAUUCCUGCACCGUCUCGAAUGAAUGCAUAUCACCAAACUGCCCCCACCAUGAUCUCUAUGCUUGCUUGCUGCACCAUACCUUCCUCAAAUUCCAGACUUCAAGGCCAAGCAAAAGGCACUCAGCUCGUAGUUGUACCCAUAUACGUAUUACAAUGUACCACUGUACUGUAGUUGGUUCCUUUCUGAUUGAUACGGGUAAUGAUUUGUAACAUAUUGGAUCAUGACCUGUUGAAUGCACAAUUUUACAGCCCACCACUGCAGAGAUGGGUAUAUUUGCUGUUUGAGGUAGGAUUAAAAACUUGAUAACUCAUGGGACUUGUCAAAGGGCCAAUGUUUAUUGUCGCCAUGUUAUGGGCAAACAUUAUUCUAUUUGCCUAUUGGUGAUAGAUUGUUAGUUUGUUUUUGCGAGAUGCGAGGGCUUUUCUUAGAGAUCUAUGUCGCUACGGAGUACACGGGCAUGGUGCUUUCAAAAUCAGGACAUUACUAACAUAAAUCAUCUAAGCUAAACCCGAGAUGAACACUUACACCACUAGGCAUAGGCAUGGUCCCCUUGGACCAUGCUCAAGAAAACUUGCUAGCUGAGACAAAUCCAAGAGGAUGAAUGCGCAUGCUUUAAUGGUGGGCUUGGAUCGAUUGGUGCACCCAAGGAGUUCAGGACGAACAAACCUUGAGGCUUCAUUCAGCGUGCAUAUCAAUCACUGCAAUUGCAGGGUGGGGACAACGUGAGAUGUAAGGCAUAUAUAAUAUAUAUAUUCCUUUUUGCUCUACUAAGAGAGCACGUUUGGUUUGGUUUGGAUGGAGAUCUGGAUAUCAAGUAGGCGAAAUGCCUAGCUGGCAGUGCCACCACACUUUUCUCAUAAGCAUGGAGUUAUAUAUAAUAGGCAAAAGGCAUGUAGCCAAUAUCUGCAUCUUUGGUCGUUGAAAGUUAAUUUUAAUUAAUGGAUACGACAAUAAGAUUUUCACGGCUUGUCUUGUUCAUUGCCAUUGCUAUUGGUGGACUGAAAGGUGAUGAAACAGGAAGCGGCACGGCGCAUUCUCAAAGCAAUUCUACUAAUUUCGCUCUCCCUAAGCUUCUUCAAGGAAAUGAAGAUAACGAAGGAAGAAAUAAAACUUCCACUGAAGUUGUACUCAACAAGAAGAAUAUAAAUAAUGGCCCAUAUUUUAGAGGACAGGGUAGAGGAGGUGGUGGCGGAGGCGGAGGGGGAGGGGGAUGGGGAGGUGGAGGCGGAGGCGGAGGGUAUAAAUGGGGAUGUGGGGGACAACCAAGACAUGGUAAAGGGGAGGAAAGAAGAGCAGGAAUACUAGGAGGAAUGAACAACAAUCAUGCAUAUAGGAAACGAGUUUUCAGCAAGGAUAUCGAUAAUUACAAGCUGGGGGAGUUUGCACAAUGCAUGAGAAGAGGGAGGUGUAGAGGAAUGAGACUGGAUUGCCCUCUUCACUGCGGUGGACCUUGCUUUUAUGAUUGCCAACAUAUGUGCAAGGCUCACUGUCGACGUCUUUCCUGAGUUGCCAUUUCUACAUAGUUGCAUUCUUCGAAGACGACUAUCAUGAAUCAAUUAAUGUGUUUCGAAUUCCAACAUUGUGUAGGGUCAGGAUGAUUUUGGAUUUUAGAUUUCCAGUACUGGAUUGUUAAAAC